AUGAAAAAUUUCAACUUCUUCGAGGGCUGGCUUUCGUGGCUGGAAACUGGCAACAUGGGCGUCGACGCCGAGAGUCUCGCUAACCCAAGCGGCUGGUUCUUCGCCGAACAAAUCGAGUCGCCAAAAUACAAACGUGCGAUCAUGGACGCUGUUCAGAGGCUCAACCUCGAUUACAGAUCACUGAGCAGCCUCAUCAAGCCACUGGUUGCAGCAGCUUACGCCUGUGAAAGAGUCACGGGUUUCCUGUUCGACACCCUCGCCUACCUACGCGUUAACAGUGACGCCGAUACCGACCAAUACUUUGCCAAUGGCGGAGAAUGGGAACAGGCCCUACCAGAGGAGGCAAGAUACAAGAAUCUCACCGUUGAUCUACUGCAAGAGAUUACAGACUCAGUGCAGUCAGAUCAGGAGACCGGUGUUCUCUUGGACCCAAGAACUAGAGGCGAUCUUGAACGGAUCUCAGAGGACAACAACGUGGACAUAUCCGUGGACGAGUGGUCUCUCAAUUCUACUGCCGACGUCACGAUCGCCAAAUUUCCGGUGUUACACCACGACGCCCUCGGCUUGCUUGAAACCAUAGAUCAAAGACAAUGA